UAGAAGCCAGCCGGCGCGUGAGUGAGGAGCUCGCCAGUCAGCUGUAGUGCCCCUCGUGUUUUGUCAUGGCACAGGGUAAAUACCGAAGACGCGCGUUUACUCUCUUCUAAGAUUACGAUUAGGGAUCAGAGAAAAUACACGCCAAUUUGGAUUUUUGUCUAGUUUAUCACCACCGAGGGGCUCUCCACAUUACCUGCGACUUCGUUUGCUGUUCGCACGACGCGAAUUUAGGAUUAAAAUGGUCAUCAGGGUUUACAUCGCCUCCUCGACUGGCUCUGUGGCGGUGAAGAAGCACCAGCAAGCGGUGGUGGGCUUCCUGGAGGCCAAUCGUAUCGAUUUCCAGGAAGUGGACAUCACAAUGCUGGAGGAACAGAGGCUCUGGAUGUACCGCAACAUCCCCCAGGACAGGCAGCCAAAGAUGGGCAACCCACUGCCACCACAGAUCUUCAACGAGGAUCGCUACUGCGGGGACUAUGAAGACUUCUUCCAGUCAAAGGAGAACAACACUGUGUUUGCAUUCCUAGGGCUAAGUUCCCAGUCCUCAGUCAAAGAUUCUGAGUCAUAGACUGCACUACUGGAUUCAGCACACCCACACGCCCUUUAAAACAGUGGGGACCAGUAUGGCAUCACUUUGUGUCUUGCAUCACAUCCUGUCAUUGGGUGAUCCUGCUCAGAUGCCACCAUUUUGCCAAACAUCGGACCACGCCUGUUUUCUUGUUGUGCAACCUCCCUAGACCUUUUAAAACACUUCUUGAGAAACAUUCCACUUUCAUUCCACUCAAGCCUCCAGGAGCCGCGUACCUUUGGAGAGUGUGCAGUGACUAAAUCACAGAAAAAAGGGGGCUUAACUCUGCACCAACAGACUAGGACAAAUGUGUUUGUGCUCCCCUCCUCUGUUCGACAGUGCUUUUGCAGACACAUUCACAAUGUGGUAGCAUGACUUCUUUGUAAAGCAAGAGCCAUGUAGCAGCCUUCUGAUUGGUCAAGCAAUUGGCAUUUGGUAUAUCACUGUGCAAGGGGUCCAUAUAAUGUGUAGCAACAUAUGCAUCCAAACCAUCUGUGUACAUGUGCUGUGUGUCUGUGUCUUAGAAUGCCAGUCUGUCCGAAUCAGCAGCUGAUAAUGAAGGCUGUGUGAAGUGAUGGGAAACCGAGAGGUUAGCACUUGGUGCAGCUCGAGAUAACCUGGGUGUGUGCAUGAUUUUGUGCGUGUGUGUGUGCAUACAUGUGUGUGUUUGUGAAAGAGAGAGCAACAAAAAAAAUGUUUUAUCUUAGAUGUCAGCAUCCUUCAAACCUGGCGAUACUCGGCAGCUCACCACAAGGCACAUAAGUGGAAAUAGCAUAAAUCUGGAUAUGUAUUGGAGAUAAGAAUCACCUUACUAAAAUGUCUUUAUUUGCAAGCAUCUUUUAUUUAGAGUCACUGUUAAGAAAUACAAAUGCCUACUACAUUGCUUUUGGCCACUUUUGCUCUAGUUUAUUAGCAAAAAAAUAUAUAAAAUUGCUAGAUUGGUUGAAAUCAGGGCGGCACGGUGGCGCAGUGGUUAGUGUGGUCGCUUCGCAGCAAGAAGGUCCUGGGUUUGAACCCUGGGGUAGUCCAACUUUGGGCAUCGUCCCAGGUCGCCCUCUGUGUGGAGUUUGCAUGUUCUCCCCGUGUCUGUGUGGCUUUCCUCCGGGUGCUCCGGUUUCCUUCCACAGUCCAAAGACAUGUAGGCGACUCGGCCGUACUAAAUUGUCCCUAGGUGUGAAUGUGUGUGUGUGUGUGGGGGGGGGGGGGGGCGCCUGUGAUGGACUGGUGGCCUGUCCAGAGUGUCUUCCUGCCUGCCGCCCAAUGGCUGCUGGGAUAGGCUCCAGCAUCCCGCGACCCAAAUUGGGAUAAGCGGCUUGUAUAAUGGAUGGAUGGUUAAAAUCAAAACUAUGAAUACUAUAGGUAUAAAUAAUAUAAGAUGAUUUCUCACAAGUUUUUCAUUUGAGCUGUGCUUUCUAUAUGAAUAGUCAACAUACACUUUUAUCGCUGCCAACUGUUUAUAGAAAAAAAUACAUUUUGGUCACACUUUUGUUAUUUAGGUUGCACAGCAAGGAUGACGGGCAGGACAGGCCCUAGAUGAAAAGGAGCAUCAGAUCUCAUUUUUCAACUGAGUAGAAUAGAGCGACACGUGAUGACAGAUCACCGCCUCUCAGAUUAAAGCGGAUGGACUGACCCUAUUUUCUUUCUACUACCUCUCUCUCUCUCUCUCUCUCUCUCUCUCUCUCUCUCUCUCUCUCUCUCUCUCUCUCUCUUUCUCUCUUUCUCUCUUUCUGUCUGUCUGUCUGUCUCUCUCUGGUUUCCCACACAUUACCACGUGGUUUUUUUUUUUUUUUGGUCUUCUUAACUUUGUCUGUAGUUUGGUAUCCCACUCCCCAUAUCUGUUUGACCCCCCCCCGUACCAUUCUCCCAUUAAAUUAUCAUGGGUGGUUGGUUGAGUAAUUGCUUCACUUUUCCACAUUAUGGCUGCACACACAGACCUAUACAUUGUUGGGCGGUUUGUAACUACUGUUCCCUGGAUGUAGUGCCAUCUUGUGAAUGGAUAAGGAUUUUUUUUUACAUUAUUAUUUUAAGUCAAACAGGGAAACACAUUCCAGAGUGAUCAAAUCUCUCACUAUUAAAAGUGACAAAAGCAACACUGCUCUUUUUGGGAUAUUUGUGACAUGGUACACUGCCUUCCUACACUGUGCACAAUAAAGAUAUAUUACACAUUCAUAUUAAACACAGUAUAUCGAA